ACAGAAUUCAGUUCAGUACAUAAUUCAGUUAGGUUCAGAGUUCAGUAUAGUCCAGAAUUCAGUCCAAAGUUUAGUUCAGUUCAGAGUUAAGUUUUUAGUUUAGUCAGGUCAGUCAAGAUCAGUUCCAGUUUCAUUCAAUUAAGUCUAUUUUUGUCCAUUCGUCCAUUAAUGUCACGUCCAUCCUUGAGGAAAAUAAAUGAAAAUGUGUUUAACUUUAAGAUAGAAUGGAUAGAGGUGCGGGGUCAAACGAAGAUUUUUCUUGUUUAAAUACUGAACAACAAUCUUCAGGAUACAGUGGAAUAUAUAGGAGGGAUACAGAGUUGAAUGUCCGUUGGCCUAGUGAAUGCCAAGUAUUAAAUGAACGAAUACGACAUAUAAGAAGCCUCCCUUCUUCGCCAGAGAUCUUCUACGAAAACACAGGACGGGAACCUCAACCCCGACCAAUAGGAGAAGAGCAUGGAACCUUGGUCUACCAUUAUAAACCAAACAGCCAAGGAAACUUCUUCUCAAGAUCGAGCUCAGGAGGAUGCCCAACCGAGGAUAUUCUUCAGGUUGUAGAAGAUAAGACCCUCAUCUUUGAGAGCAGGUUUGAGAGUGGAAAUCUCGAAAAGGCGAUAAAAAUAACAGAUACAUACUAUGAACUUUAUUUAAGAAAUGACCUGUACACUUCAAGACACUGCCAGUGGUUCUACUUUCAAAUUAAGAAUAUGAAAACUGAUGUAAAAUACCGGUUUUCAAUUGUAAACUUUACGAAGCCUGACUCCCUGUACACGUGUGGCAUGAAACCGGUUCUUUAUUCUAAAAUAGAGGCGGACCGCCAUUUUGUCAGCUGGACACGUGUUGGUGACCUCAUAAGAUAUUACAGGAAUGACUCAAUGAAUGAUGAUGAAGAGGAUCCGAAUACGUACACGCUGACCUUCACGCUCUCAUUUCCUCAUGAGAAGGAUACAGUUUACUUAGCACACUGUUUCCCUUACAGGUAUUCAGAUGUUCUAGAAGAUUUACUUAAUAUUCAGAACGACGAGCUAAGAUCUGUAGUGUGUGAUCAGAAAGUAUUAUGUAAAACCCUUGCUGGUAAUCCAGUCCAUCUUCUUACUGUCACCAAUCCAGCUUCAGAGGUUAGAAUUUUAGUUCAGAAAAGGAACUGUAAUCAGUACAUUACAGGAAACUCUAAAACGGCCCAUGAGCUACGGGAAAGGUUUGUUUUUAAGAUAGUUCCUAUGCUCAAUCCAGAUGGAGUUAUAGUCGGAAACACAAGAUGUAAUAUGACUGGACGGGAUCUAAAUAGACAAUAUAAAAAUGUCAUGAAGGAAGCUUUUCCACCCGUCUACCAUGUUAAGAUGUUAAUAAAAAAACUACUGGAGGAAGGAACUGUUGCAAUGUACUGUGAUUUUCAUGCUCAUUCUAGGAAAUUCAACAUAUUUAUGUACGGCUGUGAAAAUAGGAGACACAGUGAAAAAUAUUUACGGGAGCAAAUAUUUCCGCUGAUGCUUCACAAGAACGCGGCAAACAAGUUUAGUUUUGAGGAUUGCAAGUUUACCGUUCAAAGAUCUAAAGAGUCAACUGGACGAGUAGUAUUCUGGAAUAUGGGGAUUACAAAUUCUUUUACACUUGAGGCAUCUUACGGAGGAUCUAAUAUGGGUAGCCGAGCUUUCACCCAUUUCUCUACAGGAGAUUAUCAGCAGCUCGGCAAAUCUUUCUGUGAAACUAUACUAGAUUUCUGCGAUACAAGUCCACCAAGAGAACAACUUAGACAUAAAAUAAUCCAAAGAUUGAAUAGGGAGGAGAGUACUGCUGUUGAGCCUGCAAAUAUAUCCUUGUCCGAGUAUUCCAGUUUGUCCUCCUCCGGGGGGAGUGAGGACGAGGCAGGGGUAGAGGACUGGAGUAAGGACUCUAUCAGUGCAAUACGAGCAAAUAUUCGAAAAUCUCAAAGAAGAAAAAAGAGAAGAUUUGUGGCUGGGGAUUCAUUUUAUACAACAAACUAUUCAGAGUAUCUUAGACCUGAAAACUACUCAUCAGGUACAGGAAAAGAUGGUACAGGGGGAGUCAAGAGAUCAAACAGCGAUCGCCAGGUCUCAGAAAGUACUCGGCCUAGAGGAAUAUUACGUCGACAAGCAACCUCUCCUGCGCAAACUGUGUACAAUGAUUUUAAUGAAGGUGUUGAGAAAAGAGACAGUUUAUUAGCUAAUGCAAUGAAGGGAAUUGGAUUGGAUUCAGAAAGCUCAACCGACCUUGAAAUAGAUUCAGAUCCAGAUUUAAUAAACCUCAGCUUUCAACCCGUCUCAGAGGACAGCAUGGAGGACGAGUCCAACAGUACUGAUGGUGCCCUAGAAACGUGUAACAUAGAACCACAAGAUAGUUACUAUGCAGAAUUUUCUGCACUUUCUUGCCAGAAGGGAUAUUCAGAAAUCCUCGCCUCUGUUAAGAGAAUCAAAUCCUCGCUUUUGCGUCGAAGAAGUUUUAUACAAAACCCGCAAUCUGAUUCUAGCCAACUUCCAACCCAAACAACUACAGGUUCAAAUAUUGAUGAAUCUGAUACAGCUGCCAAACCUCUGAUAUCCGUUGAAGAAUCACGUAUCGAGACACGUGUUGAAAUUCUGCGUACUCCUGCCUCGCCAAAAAAAGUUAAAACCACUCGAAAAAAAUGGAAGAAAACAAUAUCAUCCACUACAUUAGUGGAUGAAGCUAAGAAACCAAAGAAAGUUUGCGGCUCGGAAAAGAAAUCGACGAAAACCAGGAAGAAAGAUGAGAAGAAGAACGAAACUGCACUCACUAAAGUUUACAAGAGAGCUGGAACCCUGACAAAACUAGAAGUUUUCAUCAAUCCGGAAACUCGGCGGAAAAAUAGAAGAAAAAGUUGUGAUGAAAAGAUUCUGUAAAAAAUAAUGUUUUUAUUGAAAUAAAAAAAUAAAA